UUUCGUGAGAGAUCGGUAGUUUAACUGCUUCUUCUUGUUAGUUUUGUUAAUUAUACACAAUUCACACGUACAUGCACGUCUUCCACAACAAAUGAACUUAUUGAGAGGUUUAUGACUGGAUCACCAGAUAAACAAAAGUGCGCAAUGGGAAACUUGUGAUGAGUCAUCCGUUGCCACCGCCGCCGACCGCUCCGAUGGUUCCAGCAGUGCCGAGUGCAUAGGUUCAGUCGAUUGACGGUCCGAGUGCAAAAACGUUGCUUGCGAUGCUGACUUGAUUUGCGCUCCGAUCAUUGUGGUUCGAAUUCAUCUAGGUGUUUUACGUGUGUUACUGUUAGUUGAAGAGUUACAUUGAUAGUUGAAGGAAAUCUGCAAGUGACUAGGAUUUCAAGAUGGGCAAGCUUUCGGGAAAGUCGUGCCGGCUGAUAUGCAUGCUCGGUCUCACCGGUGGAUACUUUCUCGUCGAAAUCAUCGUGGGAUACGUAACAAACUCGAUGGCCCUCGUCGCCGACUCCUUUCACAUGUUAUCCGACGUGGCCGCGUUGUCUGUGGGUUUAUUCUCUGUCAGGAUCUCGAGGAAGAGCUCGUCGAAGAACACGUUCGGCUGGGCGCGCGCGGAGGUUCUCGGAGCGCUCGUCAACGCCGUGUUCCUCGUUGCGCUCUGCUUCUCGAUUGCCGUCGAAUCGGUGAAGCGCCUCGUCGAGAUCGAGAAGAUAGAGGACGAGAAGCUGCUGCUGAUAGUCGGCAGCGCGGGCCUCGCCGUCAACAUCAUCGGCCUCUUCCUCUUCCACAGUCACGGGCAUGGCCACAGUCACGGCCACGGCCACUCGCACGAAACAGCGAUAUCGAACCAAGCGGGGCGCUCUGUUGGCGGUGUGCGGUACCUGCAGUCGGUGACGGAGGAGCCGGACAGCGAAGAUGAGGAGGUUUCAAUAAAGUCGGACGGCUCCUGCGCCAUCAGCAAGCUUGCGAAAGGCGAGCCGCGCAAGGACAAUGGCGACAUCUACACGGAACAGCAGCAUCAGGAAAAGGCGAAAAAACUUGCCUCCAGUUCACAGCUGAACAUGCGCGGUGUGUUCCUCCACGUUCUUGGAGAUGCCCUUGGUUCGGUCAUCGUCAUCAUCUCGGCUCUCGUCAUCUGGCUCGUCGAAGGAGAUUGGAAGUACUACAUGGACCCGGCGAUGAGUAUACUCAUGGUCUGUAUUAUAAUGUCCACGACCAUACCACUGUUGCGUGAGUCAGCACACAUCUUACUUCAGACUGUCCCCACUCACAUUCAAGUAGAGGACAUUCAGUCGAAGCUCGUACAGAGGAUUGACGGCAUCCUCGGCGUGCACGAGUUCCACGUCUGGCAGCUGGCCGGCAACCGCAUCAUCGCGUCGGCUCACAUCCGCUGCCGCACGCUCGCCGACUACAUGAAGAUCGCCGGGCAGGUGAAGGAGUUCUUCCACGACGAGGGCAUACACUCAACGACCAUCCAGCCUGAGUUCAUCGAGAGCCUGUCGAGUAAGCUGAGCGCGAAGGAGCUGUCGGACUGCAUCCUGGAGUGCGGCGGCGAGGAGGAGGAAUGCAAGCCGCACAAAUGCUGUGGCCCCAAGCGAGACCAGAGCCCCAACGGCGUGCGUCAGCGCGCGAUCACCGCCGGCAGCGCGUCGCCGAACCGGCUGUCGGCUGCGUCCGACGCCGGCCUGCAGAUGGCCGAUCUGGACACCGUCAUCGACGUGAAUGUAGAGACAGCGUGAAAUGCGGACUGUGCAAUGGCGUACCGACAACGUGAGCGUCAUCCGUGAGUCGUGACAUCCCAAGAGCACAGUGACCGUCGUUGUUCAUAUCUUUGUUAUCUGGUCGCCUCCCGGGGGACAAAAUACAGCAUAGAUUCUAAUGUCAAGGCCAGGAGUCAGGAGUGGACAUUUAGAUUCGAUUUUUUUGGGGUGUGGUCAAGCAGACUUGCGAUUAUCGCACCUCGAUGUGUUGCUUUCGUGUCCGUUUUAAUGAGCGGAGAAAUAGAGGAAACGCCUUGCUGGUGCGCCGUGCGUAGCUGACUGGUGUAGCAUUGACCCCCUCUAGAGAAGAGCUCGUUUGAUCUCGAGCUCUCUUAAUCUAUCAUGUUUUGAAGAAACGAAAAGCUUGAGUGAUGUGUUUGUGUUAAAUGUGAGAGAGCACAAUCUCAAAAGUACCAACUCUAAAAUAUUUAAACACGUAAUGCAGAAUUUAUUUCACGCAUUCAUGACCAAAAGCUAUCACACUCUGUCUGUGUGACGAAAAAUGUGGACAGCCAAAAAUAUAUCACCGCUAAAAAUGUACAAUUACCAAACCAUACAAAUUAGCCCAUUUUGAAUGCUUCUAUUUGCUAAAUCUCAAUUUGAAAGUCCAAGUUUUUAGUGUCAUUUUGAACCUUCUACUUACCUUGCAUUUUCGGCCAUACAAAUUGCAAAAUUAUAUGGUAGUGCUUUAAUUUCCUGCUGUUGUCCUGCAGAAGUGAGGGUGAAUAUCCUUGUCCAUAUCAUUGCAAGUUAUGUGUUAUUGGCAACUACUUUGGGACAUAAUACAUUCUGCCCUUUUCUUGUGUUUCUUGAAAAUUUGUAAAACUAUAUUGUCAGAAAUUUUUUGAAAACCAAGGUUGAAAUAGACGCCGAAAAUGUGGAUUUUGCUGGUGAGAUUUGGUAGGUUGAAGCUUUCAAAAUCAGCCAAUUUGUGUGAUUAUGGAAUUUUGAAUAGUGAUAUAGUUUUGAACCAACAUUUGUAUAAUCAAGAUUUGUGAUAUGCGUAAGCUAAAAAAACAGGCAAUAACAAUAACAUAUAAGUAUAAUACAUGUAAACACUUAGUGGCAUUGUCAUGUAACAUGCAAUGUAUGAACCCACCAUGCCCAAUUCUACGCUUCUACCCCGACAAUAAUCAACGUUCAUCCAACUAACCGCUUCCAUCUUGUGAUUCACAUCCAGUGAUGUCUAAUCGUAGAUGAUGAUUGUUACUUUCAUAGAAUAACACUAAUUAAUAUACCAAAUCAAGGUAAACGCAUUGACAAGCAUACAUUCAACGCUUUUGUGAAGCAAUAAAGUCCUUGGCCAGCAGUGCGUUGCUAACAGUUUAUUGCUUUGCAAAAGGUUUGAGUCUGUGAUUGCUGAUGCAUUUGUGUGUGUAUGAUAUCUGUUGUUGGUGGGUAAGUACAUGACAUUUGCCCUUCGGUGUCUGGACGUAUAUGUAUGUAGAUAGACAACCACGUGUAAUAACUAGACACUAACCAUAACGAUUGCUAUCGUAUAUGUAUCAAAGCCUCGAAGUCUGGCCAAGGGAUAAAUAUGAUUCGUGAUUUUCCCCGGGUUUCUAACCCAUCUUAUCAUUUCUAAAUGAGCUUAGCAGUGCCAUAAAUAUUGUCAUUGUGUCAAAUGUAAAGCAUUAAUAUCAGUGCCUAUAUAUAUUUAUAUAUAUUACUAGCUUGAUACAUGCUCAAUGGCAACACCAUUUACUAGAUUUUUGGAAAUGCAUGAAAUAACCAGGUACGCGUAUAAUAACUGUCUUUAGGCGUAGUAUUCAAUUUCUCUCGGCACAGUCCAAGGCACAGGAACUUGUGAGGACGAUAUGCACAUGUAAACGCGCACGCUUACGUAAGAAGUGUGCGUUCUAUUUUAUAUAUAACAUACAUAUAACGGUGUUUGUUAAUGGCUAACUUUAAUGCCAUCUCGUAUUAUAGAUCUGAUGUCAAUCUAAAAUCUUAUUCGUGUUUCAUCCAAUUUAUGUCUCAACAAGUGCUUGUUGCAUGGCAAUCAGUGUAACGGUUAUGUGGCAAUGUAAACGCAUUUCAUUCUAUCUCUUUGAUUUGUUAUGAAAUGUUGGCAACAGAUCUAAGACGAAUUGGACAGUGUGCAUUUAAAGUUUUCUGCUAAAACUGUUGUUUUUACAAAUAUGUUAUUCCAAUAACCAGUUAAUUUAUGUCGUUUUUCUGUUGUGGUGUAUAAGACACCGAUUAUUUACGAUUACAAGACAUCCUUGUAUUUAUUAGAAACUGAAUUAAAGGUCACUGUGUUAGGAAAAAA